AUGUUGCUCUCAGAAGAGAUUGAACUACCAUGUGGUCUUCGUCUCCCAAACCGGCUUUGCAAGGCCGCAAUGGCUGAGAAUUUGGCUCCGGGACCAGAUCACAAGCCAAACCAGAAGUCUGUAACCGCAUAUGGCCAAUGGGCAGACGGGGGUUGGGGUAUGAUAUUAACGGGCAAUGUACAAAUCUCGGAUGCUCACCUCGGAGGACCGGGCGAUGUGGCAAUCUUAUCACAUGCGUCCAAAGAUCCUUCUCCAGAGACAAAAGAAGUAUGGAAGACAUGGGCCGCUACCUGCCAGCGCUCAGGAACGCCCACUAUCGUGCAACUUUUUCGCCAAGACAAUCGCGCUUCCCCCGUCAAACUGAACUUUGGAGCUGGUAUCCUCGACAAGCUUGCAGCAACGCUCUUGUUCGGAACGCCACGGGAGAUGACGAUUGAGGAAAUCAGUGGGGAAGGUGGUGUCGUGGAUCAAUUCGUCGAAGCGGCGAAACAAAGUUUCGAAGCUGGUUUCAAAGGCAUCGAGCUUCACGGAGCUCACGGUUACCUCCUCGCGCAAUUCCUAUCACCCUUGACCAACCUCCGCACAGACGAGUUCGGUGGGACCCCCGCGAAGAGAGCAGAGAUCGUUCUCCGAGUCAUCCGCGCCGUCAGAGAGGCUACCAGCAAGGAAUUCUGCAUCGGUAUCAAGAUGAAUAGCGUCGACGCCGCGUCUUCGGAAUCCCUGGACGACGUCAUCGCUCAGAUACGUCUAGUGGCUGAAUGCGGCAUCGACUUUAUUGAGAUAUCAGGCGGCUCUUACGAGAAUCCAAGGAUGAUGGUCGGAGACGGCACGGCGGCGCCUCCAGCUAACGUGAAGAAGAGCACAGCUCUGCGCGAAAGCUUUUUCUUGGAGUUCGCGCAGACUGUUCGAAAGGAGUUUCCGCAGCUGGUGCUUAUGGUAACAGGCGGAUUUAGAACGCGUAUUGGGAUGGAGGAGGCUCUGAAGUCGGGUGGCUGUGACCUGAUUGGCAUCGGACGUCCCGCGACUGUGAAGCCGAAGUUGCCCAAGGAGAUUAUUCUGAACACAUCGGAAGUUCCAGAUGAGCGAGCCUCGGUUGCUCUAGUACCUUACCAGGCACCGUGGUUGGUAAAGAAAUUUCCGUUAAAACUAGUGGGAACUGGCGCGGCGAAUAUGCAAUGGGCUGGACAGAUCACGAGAAUGGGGGAUGGAUUGGAGCCUUCGGCGAGUUUACUCGAAACUACUGUAUAG